UCAAGGUAUUGUCAUACAAAAGACACUUUUAAUAGGUCAACGUUUGCAACAAGCGUGAACUUUCACAAAGUUUUGCGGGCUCUUAAUCAAAUUGCUCCAAGUUUGAUGGCUAAACCCAAGAUUGCAGUGCCUACCAAAAUUAGAGAAAGUACGAGGUUUUAUCUGUAUUUUAAGGAUUGUGUUGGAGCUAUUGAUGGUACACAUAUCCUUGCAAUGGUAUCACAGAAAAAAGCGCAUUCUUUUCGUAACAGAAAAGGUGAUAUAUCACAAAAUGUGUUGGCUGCUUGUAAUUUUGAUCUCGAAUUCAUGUAUGUGCUUAGUGGAUGGGAAGGUUCAGCUCAUGACUCAAAAGUAUUAAAUGAUGCUUUGACAAGGAACAGUAAUCGACUACCAGUUCCAGAAGGAAAGUUUUAUGUAGUAGAUUGUGGAUUUCCAAAUCGUCGAAACUUUUUAGCUCCGUAUCGUGGUGUCAGAUAUCAUCUACAAGAAUAUUCUGGUCAAAAUUCACAACCAACGAAUGCAAAAGAGUUGUUUAACCAUCGUCAUGCAUCCUUAAGGAACGUGGUUGAAAGAAUAUUUGGUAUUUUUAAAUCUCGAUUUCUAAUCUUUAAAUCUGCACCUCCUUUUCCUUAUAAGACGCAGACAGAGAUUGUACUUGCAUGUGUUGGUUUACAUAAUUUUCUUCGAAAGUUUUUUCGAACGGAUAAUUUUCUGGAAGAAGACGAAAGUGCAGAAGAAGUUGUCGAAGAAAUUAAUGACAAUAAUGAUGAAGUUCUUACAACCCAAGAUCAACAGAGAGAAUAUGUCAAUCAGUGGAGAGAAACAAUAGCAUCAAACAUGUGGAGUGAUUCAAUUGAGAAUUCAUAGAUCAGAACGUGACAGAUUAUUUCUUAAAGAUUGUAAUGUUUUAA